AUGUGUCAAUAUAUAUAUUUAGAAAUACUAGCCGACAAUACCCGAUCGACUCUUACGGAAAUUACCGUAACAUACUGAGGCCCCGCCAUAAACGAGCUUCAGUAUCAAGGCAACCUAACCUUGAAAAGCCAGACUUGAAACUCUAUUACACGUAAGAAGUUGACUCAAUUUUAAUUGACGGAAUAAUUCAAUAGAACUAUAAAUUACCAUUUUAAAAUUAUUAAGUAUACCGAAGUAUUAAAAAGUUGACUUGAAUUACGUGAGCAAAGAAGUAUUGAGCAUUGCGUGAACAAUAAAUAAUUUUGAUCUGGGUAUAAAAAUUUUAUCAUAAAUUCUCAUUUAUUUUGACUUAACCGUAGUCGUGUGACGUUGAUUGAUAAAAAAUGAGUGAUAAAAUAAGGCGUGAUGAAGAUCGACAUCGUGACAGAAGACACAAAUCACCAGAUCGUGAUCGUAAGGACCGUUCAAGACGUCGAUCAAAAGCCCCGAGGGAAAGAAAACGUAGCAGAUCUCCAAAAAAACAUGAUAAUAAUUCACGCCGACGAAAACCAUCACUUUAUUGGGAUGUUCCAGCACCUGGUUUUGAAAAUAUUACACCAAUGCAAUAUAAAUCAAUGCAAGCAUCUGGUCAAAUACCAGUUAAUAAUGUUGCAGAUUUACCCCAACUAGCUGUACCAGUUAUUGGAUGCCCAAUAAGCCGUCAAGCCAGACGUUUAUAUGUAGGUAACAUACCAUUUGGGGUUAGUGAAAAAGAUAUGAUGGAAUUUUUCAACAAACAAAUGCAUUUAAAUGGAUUAGCACAAGCUGAAGGUAAUCCAGUGUUGACUUGUCAGAUAAAUGUAGAAAAAAAUUUCGCUUUUCUUGAGUUUCGUUCAAUUGAUGAAACAACGCUGGCAAUGUCAUUUGACGGUAUUUUUUAUGCGGAACAGUGCUUGAAGAUAAAGCGUCCACAUGAUUAUCAAGCAAUACCUGGAGUGAGUGAUUAUCAAAGUAAGGACGCGAUGGAAUCACCACACAAACUAUUCAUUGGUGGCUUACCAACUUAUUUUACUGAAGAACAGGUUAAAGCGCUGCUGGAAAAUUUUGGAGGACUGCAAGCAUUCAAUUUAGUCAAGGAUCAAGCAACCGGAAUGUCUAAAGGUUAUGCAUUCUGCGUGUUUGCUGAUGUAUCGGUCACAGACCAGGUUAUCGCUGGACUAAAUGGCAUGGAAAUGGAUGACAAAAAGCUCUUUGUUCAACUAGCUAGCAUUGGUGCUAAGAAUUCGGUAAUUAAUCCACAAGGACCAGUACAGAUUCAAGUACCUGGAUUGACGAAGGUGGAAACUAGUGUUUCUCCUACAGAAGUAUUGUGUCUACUUAACAUGGUAACGAUGGAAGAUUUGAUGGAUGAAAAUGAGUACGAAGACAUCCUUGAAGAUAUUAUGGAAGAAUGUAAUAAAUGCGGUGUUGUUAAGUCUCUUGAAAUUCCGAGGCCUAUCGAGGGUAUUGAUGUUCCCGGGUGUGAAAAAGUAUUCGUGGAAUUCAACAGCGUGAUUGAUUGCCAAAAAGCACAACAAAUAUUGACUGGUCGUAAAUUUAAUGAUCGUAUUGUCGUAACGUCUUAUUACGACCCUGAGAAAUAUCAUCGGAGGGAAUUUUAAACUGAGGCGUGACAUUUGAUAUUUAUAUUGAAAACAAAUACCGGAAGUAGUGAACUUUGGACAUGAAUAAUCAAAUUAAUAACUUACGUACAAUAUUGUUCUUUCAUAUAUUUCUUAAGUGAAAUAAUAAACAUUUAAUAAUGUAAUGAUUAAUAAGUAAAUUUUAUCUUCUACUAA